AGAUGUAACAAAUACUAAAAAGCCAAAACAGUUAAUUACCGUUUUUCCGGAAGCUGAACAAAGUAGACAUUUUAAUUGAGGAGCCUGAAAAUGAAAACAUUGAAAGCUACACAUUUCAGGAAUCAGAACAUGAAACAGGAGAUGAUCACGAACAUUUUUCAGACCGCAUAAGCUCUAACUCUAAGACUCAACUUAAUAGUGAUUCGAUGGAUAACUUAGCUGAUCAGUUAAUAAUGCCUAAUUUCUCAUACGUGAAUCAAAAUCAAAAGGUCUUCAUGAAUCCUUCGGACAAAAAUUCCGAAAAUGACUUCAUCCAAGAACAGGGCGAGAAGGCAUCAUCACAAGGUAACAUUAUUAUUUACUAGAUAAAAAUUAAAAAUUAUAUUUUUCACCUAAAUAAACUAUUUUCUUUUUUAGUGGAGAAUAUUUCUUUAAAUUUUAACGUGAACGAAGAAGAAUUUGAUAAAACAAAGCCUUCCACAAGCCAAAAUAGUCAAGAAGACUUUGACAAUAAUGUGUCAGAUAAAGUAGACCACAAUAAUUGGUUUGAAUGCACUGGCAGUUUUGCUUCAUUAUUAGAUCAUUUAACUAAUGCUAAGAAUUUAUUAACUAAUAUCCAAACUGAUUGUAAUAUAGAUGAAUAUAUUACCAUUAUCCAGAUUUUGGAUAUUACUAAUACCAUUAAAGAAAAAUGUGAAUUAACACGAGUGUCGUGUGAAUCUUAUGUUUCCGUUUUAGAGAAGAAGCGUAGCAUUUACGAAGUAGAUAAACAUGUUGGAGAUAAUAUGAUGAUUCUACAUGACCCCGGCAUAAGACAAGAAAUUAAAACAGACAAAGAGCGAGACUUUCUCAUUGCAUUAGGACCCCACCAACCUAAUUUAAGAAUGUUUCCCAGCGAUGGUAAAAAUCGCUUCAAUUCUGGAUGGUAUAAAGAGUAUCCUUUCUUAGAAUAUAGCACAGCCAAGGAUGCUGCUUUUUGCUUUGUUUGUUUUUUAUUUCCCACUGGCGUAGGAAGGGAGAAAUCCGAGUUAGCUUGGAGUAAGAAUGGAGUCUCAUCAUGGGGAAAAAUGAAGAGCUCUGGAUCAAAAAAAUUAGGGAAGUUACAGCAACAUUUCAGUUCCGUCUCACAUAAACAAGCCUUGCGGGAUUAUGGUAAUUUUACUAAUAAAGCAAACAACAUUGAUAUUUUAAUUAACAAGGAACAAAGAGUUAGGAAAAUUGAAGAAGAACGCAUUCUUUGUCAAAAUACAGAAGUUGUCAGUAUUUUGUUUGAUGUGGCUAAAACAUUGGGUCGACAAGGAUUAGCAUUUCGAGGAAACGACGAAAAUGAUGGAAAUUUUGUUCAAAUUGUGCAGCUGCUUUCCCGUCACAAUCCAAUUCUUGGAAAAUGGCUAGCAGACAGAAAAUUGUGUCCUUACCAUGUAAGUUACAUGGGUGCCUCUUCUCAAAAUGAGUUUAUCGAAAUACUGGGUAAAGAAAUACAAAAAGAAGUUGUCUCGAAAGUAAUAAAAUGCCCGUUUUAUGCAGUGAUGGCGGAUCAUACUCCUGAUAUUUCAAACAAAGAAAUGCUAUCAAUUGUAGUUCGUUCAGUUGAUUAAAAUGGUUUACCAAGGGAAAGACUACUGUCUGUUAUGGAAUCAAAAAAUAAAACUGGGGAAGCCACCGCACAAGAUAUUCUGGAUACAUUCAUAAAGCAAAACAUUGCGCCAGCCAAUUUAGCCUUUCAAUCCUAUGACUGUGCUGCCUCAAUGUCUGGUAAAUUUAAAGGUGCGCAAAAAAAGCUGUCCGAGUUGGUGGGUCACAAUAUUUCUUACAUUCCAUGUCAAGCCCAUAGAACAAAUACAGCUUUGGAACAUAGUUGUCACGCUUCAUUUAUAGUGGCGGAAAUGUUUAACACGUUGGAGGAGCUAUACGUUUUUUUCAAUUCGAGCACCAAACGAUUUUUUGCAAUGAAAGAAAAAUUAGCUGAAGUGGAAAAUUCGAUUUUAAUAAGAAAAUUAUCCAAAACAAGGUGGACCGCUCGGGCAGUAACGCUAAAAGCUAUUAGCAUAUCAUACGAGGAAAUACUUCAACUAUUAGAAGAUAUUUCAAAUGCUAAUGAUUAUUCAAUAGACAAUAAAAGCAAAUCCAAAGCAUUGGGUUUAUAUAAAAGAAUGUUGUGUUUCGAUUUUAUAGUAUGUUUAAUGUUCUUAAAAAAUAUAUUUUAUAAAAUGAAAAUAAUCACAGAAAUUCUGGAACAGGAUGAUCUGAAUAUCAUUGAUGCCGUAAAUAUGAUUUCUUUAACAUGUACUUCGUUACGAAAUAUUCGGAAUAGUGAAGAGGAUGUAAAUAAUUUAAUCGAAAGUGCCAUACAAUUUGCAGUAAAAUUAAAUGUUGAUCCGGAAACUGAUUUCCGAAAACAUCAUAGGAGGCGUCUUGUUCCAAAAAAAAUUGAUACAAAUAGGGAUAGCUCUGUUAAUAUUCCAUAUAAGCAGUUUUAUAGAAAAGAAUUUUAUCUUGUUCUGGAUACUUUAAUUAAGUUUUUAGAUGAAAAUUUGUCAGUUGUGCUUCAAAAUGUCUCACCAUUGAUAAACUUAUUUUCUUUUCCUUUAAACAAAAAAAAACAUAAUUUUAACACAAAUAGAACAGGCUAUCUUACUAUUUCCACCCAGUCACAAAAUUGAUGAAUUAGCUUUACAAGCGGAGUUGGAAAUAUUGUUUGAACUAUGUAGCAAGUCAGAAAAAGUGGUUAAGUCCAUGCAGGAUGUGAUGACAAUUGCUUCCCAAAAUAAACAGAUUUUUCCUAUAGCAUUUAAGUUUUGUAGAUUUAUACUAACAGCUGGAUAUUCGGUAGCAACUAAUGAAAGAAAGUUUAGUCUGCUUAAAUUUAUAAAAAAUGCCAGCCGUUCAAAAAUGAAUAACGAACGGCUAGACCUAAUCAUGGCUAUGAAAAGUGAAAGAGACAUUUUAGAUCGUUUAAAUAUUAAGAAUUUAGUAGCCCAAUGGGCAAAAUUAAAACAAAGAAGACUUAAGGUCAUAAGUAAUUUGUAAAUACUAGUUAAUAUAAGUUGUAAGUUUUGAAUAAGUUUACAGUGAAAGAACCGCACUAUAACCAGUAUACUUAUUUGUUAGAAUAUAAAAUAAAUAUUACGAGUUGAAAAUUGAACCGAUUUUUUUAUUUGUUAGUGAUAUGCAAAAAGAGUUUAUUGACUUAAUUAAUUCUCUAAUUGUCUAAC